AUGAAUGUUGUGGACGUCUUUGCAUUUGAAAUACGACGAAUGCGGUGCACAGUGAAGUGGAUAGCUAGCUACGCGGCUUUACGAAAUUUGGCAAGUCCGACCCCUCCACUGGCUGAAUGUGGGAGGAAGCCCCAGAACUUCGAGUUUACGCCACCAAACGGUUUCUCGGAUGGUCUGAACUCGAUUGAGGGUUUCCGUCCCAUCGCCAACGCUCCGCUUCAACAUAGCCGGGCGCUUGACGCUGCCGCAUGUGCGGACCGCUGA